AUGAGUCAUAUCCUACAUGUCACAUUAACAUUUAUUUUAAGUGUGGAAUUCAUAAUAGGAAGUUUAGGAAAUGGAUUCAUGGCACUGGUGAACAUCAUGGACUUGGUCAAGAGAAGAAAGAUCUCUUCAGUGGAUCAGAUCCUCACUGCUCUGGCCAUCUCCAGAAUAACUCUGCUCUGGUCAUUAAUUGCAAGUUUAUUGGUUUCAUAUAUCUACACAGCUUUAAUGAUAACUGGAAAAAUGAUGAGAAUUAUCAAAAUUUUCUGGACAGUGACCAAUCAUCUCAGCAUCUGGCUUUCUACAUGCCUCAGUAUCUUUUAUUUUCUCAAGAUAACCAAUUUUUCAAACUGUGUUUUUCUUUAUCUGAAGUGGAGAGUAAAAAAAGUGGUAUCAGUGACAUUGCUGGUGUCUUUGCUCAUUUUGUUUUUAAACAUUUUAGUCAUAAACAGAUAUAUUGAUGUCUGGAUUGAUGGACACGAAGCAAAUAUGUCCUACAGUGCUAUCUCAAGUAAGUCUGCUCAAUUUUCUAGACUUGUUUUACUUGUCAACACUAUGUUCACACUCAUACCAUUCACUGUGUCCUUGACAAUGUUUCUCCUGCUCAUCUUCUCCCUGUGGAGACAUCUGAAGAACAUGCGGCACAAUGCAGAAGGCUCCAGAGAUGUCAGCACCACAGCCCAUGUAAAGGCCUUGCAAACUGUGGUCGCCUUCCUGUUACUGUAUACGGUUUUCUUUCUGUCUCUUCUUUCACUAUGUUGGCUUGUUGAAUUCAAGCAGAAAAGUUUCAUAGUUUUGUUUUUACAGGCAGUGGGAAUUGCUUUUCCCUCAGCCCAUUCAUGUGUCCUGAUUCUAGAGAACAGGAAGCUGCGUCAAUCCUUGCUUUCCAUGCUUCGGUGGAUGAGGUACAGGCUCAAAGAUACAAAAUGCUCUAUUCCCUAA